UGAGAGAUAAAAAUAAAAUAAUAAUAAUAAUAAAUUAUACUGUAUAAAUAAAAAAACUACCGUAUAGAUAAAAGAUUUCAGCAAAAUACAUUACGCCAUCAAAUUUCUUCUAGAAUUAAUGGUGUCUAUCCAAAUGAGGCCUUUGAAUUAAUUGGGUUUGUGUUUGAUUAAACCAGGGCAUAAAACGACAUCGCAUACAAAUUUAUAUUAAUAUUUUAACAUCCCUGUGCCAUAUUCUUCUUCCUUCCAAAGAAAAGAAAAAACAAAAUGUUGAUAGCUCAAGAUCUAUCAUUUUCUAAAACCCUAAACCCCUAUUUCUCCUUUCCAAAAUUCCUACCCCGCAGUAAAUCCCACUUCAUCUCAUUUUCCAGCCCAAAUUCCCGAGAAGUCCGGGCAUUCGCCGGCCGUAGCAAGAAAAAGUCUGGUAGAAUCGAGGGAAGCGUCGAACUCCACCGAAAAGUGAAGCGCAGUGCACAGCAGAGGUCAAAAAAAUUAGCCGAAUCAUUCUUUUACCGGCUAAAAAACCCUAACAAGAACUACGCUGAUAACUUAUCGGAAGAUGAGCUUAACUUAAUUGGUCUAGGUUAUGACCGAAUGGUCAGGUUCAUGGAGAAAGAUGACCCCAAUAUCAAGCAUCCCUAUGAUUGGUACAAAUACGGAGAGUUUGGGCCGUAUUCGUGGCGUGGCGUGGUAAUUGGGGACCCAGUCGUGGGUCGUUUUACUGAUGACAGAGUGACUUUGUACAGUGAAGUAAAAGAUCAGGAAGAAUGGGAAAAGAUUGAGCAAUAUGAGAUGGAGGUUGAUUUUGGAGAGAGAUUGAAAGUAAUGGAUAAAAGUGUUGGGUUUAGGCAUUAUUGGGUUUUUGUUAGACACCCAAAAUGGAGAUUAAGUGAAAAAUCAUGGGAGCAGUGGACAUUGGUGAGUGAAAUUGUUGUUGAGGCUGGCAAACAACAGCGGUUAGAUAAGUGGAAUUUGAUGGGUAGGUUAGGUAAUACAGCUAGGAAGUUGAUAACACAAUGUGCUGCUUGGUUUAGACCGGAUAUUAUUUAUGUUAAGAGGCCGGUUUAUCAGUGUAGAUUUGAGCCUCAGAUGGACUUUUUCAAGGCUUUAACGCCAUUGUUAGAUCCGAAAACAGAGAAGGACUUCAUGUUUGAGUUGAAGAAUGAGGAGGAUGGAGGGAAUAUAGAAAUGUGUUCGUAUUUUGAAGGGUUGUGUAAGAUUGUGAAGAUUAGUCAGAAAGCAUUUGUUGAUGAUGUGGUGAAUGCGUAUGAGAAGUUAAGCGAGGAGAAGAAAUCAAAGUGCUUGGAGUUCUUGUUACGGAAUCACCCAGUGCAGUUGCUGCAUCCAUAUACCAAAGAAUGGAAGGCUAAGUUGGACGAAAUGGAAUUGGGCUGCGAAGCACCUGAUGAUGAUGAUGAGGAUAAUUAUAAUAAGCAUGGGAAUGAGUUUACUGAAUGGAUCGAAGAUGAUAGUGAUAAUGAUGAUGAUAAUAGAGAUGAUUUUGUCAUGGAUAUGGAAGAAGGUGGUGAUGAAGAUGAAUUGGGAUCUGAAGUGGGAGAUUUGAGUGAAGAAGAAGAUGACGAAGAUGAGGGUGAAGAAGAGGAUGAGAAGCUUAAGAAGGAAAUGAGUAGUGCAGAAGCGAUGGAGAAUCUAGCGAGAUGGAGCGUAGAAACAACUACUGAACUGUACAAGAGGCAGCUAAAGAGAAUGGAAGAGCAGGAGAAGGGGAAAGUUGAAGAAGAUGGAGAUGAAACUGCCUUGAGAGGUGUCAGAGCAAAAGUAGACCCAAAAGAAUGGGAGAUUGCAGGAAUUGGUAAAUGGAGGAAGAGGAUCCGGAAGAGUAGAAUCCCUCCAGAGUUGUUCUUGCGAGCAGCAGUUAGGCCCUUCACUUACAGGAACCUUGUCAAGGAGAUUGUUUUAACAAGGCAUGCCAUUUUGGAUGGUGAGAUUGGUAGGAAGGAGUGAAGCAUUAGCUAACUUCAUCAAAUUAUCAAAGAACCGAUUGUUGCAACAUACCAAAAAGCAGGAGCAAUUUUUGUAGUUUCUGUAAAAGAUUUCUUGUUCUGUCAUUCAAGGACCAAGUGGGUAGUUCAAAUCUUUAUAGUGCAAUAGAGACUAUCCCAUAAAAUUUUGCAAA